GCCGCGUGCGAGCGUACAUGUAGCUUGUGUUGUGAAUUAUUAAAAAGAAAAUAAAGUCAACGUACGCGGGAAACAUCGAUUAUCAUGAAUUUUAUAUCAUUUGUGAUUUGGACGUUAGAAAGUAAUUGUUUUAUAGUUUACACGGUAAUGAUAGUGCUUUUUGUUGCAUUUACAAUGUUCCACAAAAAUAGGUUAGAAGAAAAUCAAAAUAGAAUUGGCUCGAAAAAGAAAUUGGUGAACAACAAUGGCAGUAAAGAACGAGAUCAUUCCGAUGAUGACGAUGAUCCUGAUUUUCUUGUGCCAGCCUUUCCUGACGAUACUCCGCACAUUCCUUACAAACCACCCAAUAGGCCGAUGGAAGACAUCCUCCGGAGAUCCCUAGAUUAUUACGAACUUAUGGCAAAGAGAAGAACAGUAAGGAAAUUUAGCACAGAGCCAAUACCUCAGGAAAUUCUGGAGAACGUUGUAAAGACAGCAGGUACGUCCCCAUCUGGUGCUCACACCGAACCUUGGACCUUCGUAAUCGUACAGGAUCCAAAAAUAAAAGCAGCUAUUAGAGGAAUUGUGGAAGAAGAAGAGGAACUAAAUUACGCUAGAAGAAUGUCUAGACAAUGGGUGACAGACUUAAAACCUUUUGCAACGAACCACAUAAAGCCUUAUCUUUCUGAAGCGCCAGCUCUUAUUCUGGUCUUUAGACAGAGUUAUUCCUGGCGAGCUGAUGGGAAGAAGAAGAUGCAUUAUUACAGCGAGCUUAGUGUAGCCAUUGCCGCUGGCUUUUUACUGGCAGCUAUUCAGUAUUGCGGCCUGGUAGCCCUAACCUCUACACCUCUGAAUUGCAACGCUCGGUUAAGGGACCUCCUCUCCCGACCAGCUAACGAGCGGCUGGAACUACUCCUGCCUGUCGGAAGACCGCACGAAGAAUCCACCGUACCAGAUUUGAAAAGAAAAGAUCUACAUGAAAUCAUGAUUAACGUUUAGUUAUACCUAAUUACAUUUUUAUCUGAAACUUUGCUCAUUUGUAAAUAAAAUUAAGGCUUAGAAAUAAACAUUAAUAUUAUGAUUUUAUUUUUUAUUCAAUUAUAAUGGUACUUGUGCUGCAUGAGAGAGCUAAUUCACGCAAUCUAUAAUAACCUAGGAGAUAAAGCAUUAAAGAAUAAAUUCAAAUUAAAAUAUUAUAUAACUACUGCUUCUUAGUUAUUAUCGUAGACGGAUGUGGAGCGUGGUUGAUACUGAUUAUAUUAAAUAAAACCAAUUAUCCAA